AGUUCCUGUCAAACUGCCCAUCUAUUUAUCCGUCAUAUGGAUCUUUACAUCUAAUACUGUUGUCAGUGAGGGCGGUCAAUGUCCUUAUUCAGAUUCAGGGCGGUAAACAUUCAUUUCGAGGCGGUGUGUGACCUCAUAGUGGCCAUGGCGGGACACGAACUCGGCUGUGGGAUGCUUAAUGCAUUAUCACUGGACUCUUUGUCAUGCUAUGAUUUUUGGGAACCCUUUUCUUCUGCUGCGAGUCAUUACCGACAGCACGGUCACACACUUGUUUGACCUGCAAGGUUACAAAACCAGAGCAAACCGCUUUCAUCAAGAGCAUCCUCAAAACAGGAUGUCUUCCAGAAAGGUGCUUUCUUUGGAGUCGGAUGUGCUUCCUGAAUACAAACUCCAGGUGCCGGAGACAACCUGGUGGAUUUUGCUUCACUACAGCCCCUUCAAGGCCUUUUGGGACUGGAUUAUUCUCCUCCUGGUCCUCUACACAGCCGUUUUCACUCCUUACUCGGCCGCUUUCCUCCUGGAUGAACACGGGGACAUCCGCCAAAUGAGCUGUGGAUACACGUGCAACCCUCUGAAUGUGGCGGACCUCUUGGUGGACGUGCUGUUUAUUGUGGACAUUGUCAUUAAUUUUCGCACGACGUACGUGGACAACAACGACGAGGUGGUGACGCAGCCGGGCCGGAUAGCCAAGCAUUACAUCAAAUGCUGGUUUCCUAUCGACCUGUUUGCAGCCGUCCCCUUUGACCUGCUCAUUGUCAGGUCUGGCUCUGAUGAAAUGGCAACUCUAACUAGUCUGCUGAAAACAGCUCGGCUGCUCAGAUUGGUCCGGGUGGCGAGGAAGUUGGACCGCUACUCUGAGUAUGGAGCCGCCGUCCUCUUCUUGCUCAUGUGCACCUUUGUGCUCAUCGCCCAUUGGCUCGCCUGCAUCUGGUACGCCAUCGGCUUCGUGGAGAGGCCUUACACUGACAAUGGCUGGCUGGACAACCUGGCGGAACAACUCGGGAAGGUGUACAAUGAAACCGACUCCACCUCUGGUCCGUCAGUCAAAGACAAAUAUGUCACAGCUCUGUACUUCACUUUGAGCAGUUUGACGAGCGUGGGGUUUGGUAACGUGUCUCCAAACACCAACUCCGAGAAGAUAUUCUCCAUCUGCGUCAUGGUCAUUGGAUCCCUCAUGUAUGCCAGCAUUUUUGGGAAUGUGUCCGCCAUCAUCCAGCGUCUGUACUCCGGCACAACCCGCUACCACACCCAACUGCUCCGGGUCAAGGAGUUCAUCCGCUUCCACCAAAUUCCGGGCGGCCUGCGCCAACGGCUGGAGGAGUACUUCCAGCAUGCCUGGUCGUACACAAACGGCAUCGACAUGAAUGCUGUCCUGAAGGGCUUUCCAGAGUCUCUGCAGGCAGAGAUCUGUUUGCACCUGAACCGCUCCCUGCUGCAGAACUGCAAGGCUUUCCGUGGAGGAAGUCAGGCGUGUCUGCGGGCUUUAGCUUUCAGGAUCAAGACGGUCCACGCCCCUCCACGAGACACCCUGAUCCACUGUGGAGAUGUCCUGGACUCUCUCUUCUUCAUCUCACGGGGUUCCAUUCAGGUCAUGCGAGAUGAUGUUGUAGUAGCCAUACUAGGACAGAACGACAUCUUUGGGGAACUGAUUUACCUGUACGAUGAACCUGGACGUUCCAAUGCAGACGUGCACACCAUCACGUACUGUGACCUGCACCGUAUCCCAAGAGAGGCCCUGCUCGAGGUCCUGGAAAUCUAUCCGAACUUCGCUGACAAGUUCUGGAAGAAUCUGCAGAUCACCUUUGACCUGCAUGAUCAUGCUAUUUAUCAGGCUGAUCAAGCACCACAAGUAACAACAACUGAUGAUUCUGGGGACGACUGCGGGUAUCGCCACAAAGACAGACACAGAGUCCACACUCUAGACUGUCGAAUAAGACCAGAGGGAAUCGACCAUGAAGACUCGAACCCCCUCCAGUCCUGCCGUCGCACACCCCAGGCCGCCUGGGACGACCUCUGGACCAGCGGAUCUUCAUGCUCUCGGUCAAGUGAAAACAUGGCGGCCCCUGUGGCACACAACGCCAGAAUUGAGCGUUACCCCACAGAAGAUGCCAAACAGGACUACUCCCCUUCUGCUGUGCAGCUCAUACCCCUGAGUGAAGCCUCGUUGGGGAGGGAUACGGUCCAGGGUCAUCAGGCCUCAUCCUUAAAUUUCCCGGGAGUGUAUCAGUACUGGCCAGAUCAGCCGUCACAACAGUUUUCCCAUCCCGCCUGCCGAUCUUCUUCCGUCCGGAAUUCAAGCCGCCGCCCACUUUCCACAGAAGAAAGGCCCAGUGAACUUCAGUUCCGGCUUGAAGUCUUACAUUCCCAACUGAACAGGCUGGAGACCCGCAUGACAGCAGACAUAAAUAUUAUUCUGCAGCUUCUCCAGAGGCAGAUUGCUCCUGUACCCCCAGCUUACAGCACUGUAUCACCCACCACCCUGCUCCCUGAAUCUACAUCUCUCUAUGAGACAGGCUCUGCAGUGCUGCACAGCAUGUACCCCAUGACCUCAGUAAAGAUGGAGACCGCUCAGAAGUUGGACCACACCGAUGCUGAAUUCUCCAAAAAGUCCCAGGAGUCCCUAUCCAGCGGCGUCCACAUGGCUGCAGCCUCUGAUGACACAAUGGCCAUGACGGUCACUCCUGAAACUGAGAUGCAUGCGGGCUUAACCCCUCAGCUGCCUCAACAGUCGGUCAAAUCCGCCUUCAGUUCCAGACUGACAGAGAAACCCCGUUUUCCCUCAAUGCCAGGGAACCUGGACUUGCCCCCAGAACUGUGUGAGAUGCAGAAACACGCUUCAGACCCAUCGCUGCUGGUCACCUGAAGCCCAGGGCAACUUACUGGACAUCAUGUUUGGAAACAAAGUAGUUGCCAGGAACCAAUCAGGAUCUUUGACUGUUGUUCAUGGACUGACACACCUAUUGAUUCAUUUUUAUUGGACAAUUAAAGAAAAACCCUCCUUACAUCUCAUUUUAUAUAUUUUAAAUUCAGAUUAGUUUUGAGUCCUUUUGCAUUUGUUCUUCAUCAGGUUGAUUCGUGGUCGUUUCAUUUUUUGGUAUCGGACUCUCAGGUAAGAACUUAGAAUCCCUCCAGUUAUGUUUGGACAGACUUUGUUUUUAUUUAUGUUCAAAACUGAAAGAGAAUUGUGGAAAAAGGUCCAGCCUUAAUUCAAAUGUAUAAAUCUUGUUUAAUUUCUCCUUUCACCCUUUUUGUGUUUGUAAAAAAUACGGGUAUUAGAAUGUUUUAGGUUGUAUUUUUUUUCAGUUGGGGUACUUAUUUCUUUGCCUUUAAAUUGUUUAAAAUAAAUGUUCUUUUUGUGUUUGUAUUGUUGUGUUAUUGUUCUUUCGACCUGUAAAUGAAUAAAUAAUAUAAAUGCAAAAAAAAAAGGUUUUGUAGAAAAAAAACUUGAUGGAAUAAAUUUAGGAAGUGACCUUGAAUCAAUCUUUGAAUGUAAAUUUGCCACACCUUACAGGCUAUAUAAAAUUUGAAAGCUGCUUUUUAA